AUGAAACAUUUGGUGCAACAAGCAUUGAAUGUUCCUUUACAGAAGGAUUUUGUUUCAAAAGUAUUGCAAGAACAAUUGGAUGCGAAAGAAGGAGUCAAAAUACCUGUGUUUCAUUUUCCUUUGAAAGAGACUCAAGACUUGCCUUUCCAUGUAUCACGUUCGGCCUAUGGCUCUCUUCCUGUAUAUUUGGACUAUAAAAAUGGAAGAACAAAAACAAUAACAAUAGUUCGCAAAAUUAAAGGAGAUUUAAACAAAUUAAAAGACGACAUUUCAAAGAUUACAGGAGAGGAAGUAACACUGAGGGCAGGAGACCAACUCGAAGUGAAGGGAAACCAUGCCCGAAUUUUGAGAUUGUAUCUUCGUGCAGUUGGUUUUUAA